AUGUCGAGCGGCGGAUCCGGGGGCUCAGGCUCAGCCGACGCCGCCCUGGCGGGCCCUCCCGACAAGGACUACUACGACAGCACACGGGCCAUAGCCUACAUGAGCAUCUGCAUCGCGCUCAGCUACCAGUGUCUCACCGAGUUCCCCUACCUGCUCGUCAUGCACGGAGGAAUGUGCUUCUUCUUUCCGUACGCGGUUGUGUUGGUAGCGGUGGGGGUUCCUAUGGCCGCCUUCGAGAUGCUGAUUGGACAGUUCCGCGGAAAGGGAUGCCUUGAGAUCUGGACCUGCGUCCCAGUCGGCAAAGGCAUCGGCAUGGCAAUGCUGCUGAAGACGUUUGUGAUCUGCGCGUACAAGGCAUUCGAGAACGCGUGCACCUUCUUCUACUUCCUGCAGACAUUCCAAGAAGAGCUUCCCUGGAGCCACUGCUACACCUGGUGGGGCGCCUCGGACCUCAACUGCCGGGAGAGGAAGCUCAACGAGACGCACCAGUGCCAGCUUGCCAAGGAGAAGGUGUACAUAAAGACCCAGGAGCCUCACUACGACCCUGGCAAGAACGCCACCGUGUUCUCCUUGUGCGGAAAAGUCGUCACGGCGUCCUACGUCGACGCCAUGAACCUCUCGGACUGUUUGGACCCGCGGGGUUAUUCCGAGAACGCCUUCUUUCUGCAUGGCAUGCUCAAGGUGACCAGUGGCAUCGACGAAUUCGGCGGCAUUCGCUGGGAGCUGCUCGUGUGCUACAUCUUCACCUGGUUCUUCAUCUUCGUCUGCACGGCGCAGGGAGUCGCUGCAGUCGGACGGAUAUCUGCAGUGAUGGGCUUCCUGCCAGCGUGUCUCAUGGUCGCCGUGGCGGCGAGAGCCCUCUACCUACCAGGAGCCCGGACCUCGGUGUGGGAGCAGUUCAAGCCACGGUGGAGCUGCCUGUGGAACAGCAAGGCGUGGUCGGACGCGGCCUUCAAUGUGCUGACGGGCCUAGCCAUCGGCCUCGGCCAGUUGCACUCACUGGCUUCAUACAACUCUUUCGACACGACAACGCUAUACUGGUGCUACUUCCUGUUACCACUGGGCAUGACCAUAUCAAACAUCUUGUGCUCGGUCAUUGUCUUCGGCAUGGGAGGAAGUCUGGCCAAACAGCUCGGCAUGUGCUUCACGGACUUCGAGACCUACACGUUCGUCUUUCCGUUUGUGAUCUUCGCCGAGGUGGUCAAAAACUUGAACUGGCCCAAGAUCUGGUCAGGCAUCUUCUAUGGAGCCGUCUUCCUGCUCUCCAUAGAUGAGAUGAUCUUCAACGUGUGCACAGUCGUAACCUGCGCCGAGGACCUGUUCCCGUCCCUGCGCUGGAACAUGAACCAGACGGUGUUUUUCGUGUGCAUCGGAAUGUUCAUCUCGGGCUUCCCGACGGUCACGCAGGCCGGCGCCUACAUUAUACGGCUGCUGCAAGAACACACCGUCAAGCGCAUCAUGUCGCACUUCAUACCCAUCGUGGAGAUAUGCACCGUUUUCUGGAUAUACGGUGAGCGCGAUGCAGGUGUCCACUGGAUGAUCACGUUAUUGCGGUCUUCGACAUGA